AUGGAAGUGGACGUGUUAGUUCUUUCCCACAUCUAUCGACCACGCGAGAACAACCCAAGAUGGACAGUUGAUGCCUCCAAAAAGGUGGCAGUAGUGGCCACAGGACGAUACCCUCUGCAAGGACUGUGGACCAGUGAUGUCCCCGGCCUCAUAGCUGCCAAGGUGAGUGGCAUUACCUUCCUCAGCUGCUACGCGCCACCCAGCCUGUCACGGGAAGGAUUUGCGGAAUACGUCGAAGCAAUAGAAUUGGUGGCCCAAUCCCACCCUCAGGUAGUAAUCGCCGGUGACUUUAACGCCUUGCAUGAGGAGUGGGGAAGUCGACGCAGCAAUGAGCGUGGGGAUGUACUGCUCGAGGCGUCCCAGCAAUUGGGCGUGCUGCUGAUGAAUCGAGGGAAUGUGGCAACCUUUGUUGGAAGCGGCGCGGCGACUGCCAGCGUUGUCGACGUGACCUUCGCUAGCUCGUCCAUAGCUCAGCCGAGCACCUGGCUGGUAAGAAACACGAACAAGCGAUCUGACCAUACGUAUAUCACCUACUCGGUAGGCCCAGCGUCAGCAGACCAGCAGCGCAACCGAGGACAGUCACGUCAACGGGGCCAACGAGAGCGUUUUCAACAUGCAGGCACGCGAUUUAAGACGAAACAGUUCUCGAAAGAGAAUUUCCUAGCCACGCUACAUUGCGAGGGAUUCCGAGAGAAAGCAGUCAAUCACCAGGGAAUGAUCUCGGCAAUGAUAUCGGCCUGCGAGAAAACCAUGCAAAGGAUGUCGUCGUCUUUCCCCGACCCUCAUCGGGACGUCUACUGGUGGACGCCCCUGAUUGCUCUUCUUAGGCAGAACUGCGAGCAGGCGAGAGAUCGCAUGCAGCAGACACGUGAUCUACAGAACCGGAGUCUGGCUGCAGCCGAAUAUCGAACAGCUAGAGCUGAGCUGGAUAGACCCAUACGUGCCAGCAAAAAGGCCGCCUUCCAGGAAUUGAUCGAUGCUGCCGAGGAAAACGUUUUCGGAGCCGGGUACUUAGUAGUCCUAUCCCGUCUUCGCGGUGGAAGGGCCCCAUUCGAGACGGAGAGAGCGAGGCUUGAAAGCAUCGUGACAGAGCUUUUCCCGCAACAUCCGCCCUUCAACUGGCCCCGCAUCAGUUCCGAGGAGGAACAGUAA